UGUCCCUCCCCGGCGUCCCUUUUGGGGUGUCCCCUCACGCUGUCCCCUCGCUGCCCCCUCAGCUGGCCAAGGACCUGCUGCACCCGUCCCCGGAGGAGGAGAAGCGCAAGCACAAGAAAAAGCGACUGGUGCAGAGCCCCAACUCCUACUUCAUGGACGUCAAGUGCCCUGGCUGCUACAAGAUCACGACCGUGUUCAGCCACGCUCAGACCGUGGUGCUGUGCGUGGGCUGCUCCACGGUGUUGUGCCAGCCCACGGGGGGCAAGGCCCGGCUCACCGAGG